CGUGUGGAGAGAGCCGAGAAGGAGUCGAGCCGCCCGCCGCUUCCGUCGGGGACCAAUAUAAGCCGCCUUUCUCUCUCCCCACCUCCACCAAACCCUUGUUCUUCGUCUCUCGCCUGCCCACCGCACCCAAAGUCGUUCGAUCGAAUCCGGGACGGCGAUCUCGGGUUCGCUCGCUCAAUCCACAGCAACCAAGCCUCCAGAUCCGCUCUCCAACCCACCGCUUCAGUCAUGGCAGGAAUGGCACCAGAGGGUUCCCAGUUUGACGCCAAGCAUUAUGACACCAAGAUGACAGAGCUGCUGAGCCAAGGCGACACUGAGGAGUUUUUCACUUCCUACGAUGAAGUGCACGAGAGCUUUGAUGACAUGGGCCUCCAAGAGAACCUUCUCAGAGGCAUCUAUGCUUAUGGUUUUGAGAAGCCAUCUGCCAUUCAGCAGAGAGGAAUCGUCCCCUUCUGCAAGGGACUCGAUGUGAUCCAGCAAGCUCAGUCUGGAACUGGAAAGACUGCCACCUUCUGCUCUGGAAUCCUGCAGCAGCUUGACUAUGGCUUGGUCGACUGCCAGGCUCUGGUCCUUGCUCCCACCCGUGAGCUGGCCCAGCAGAUCGAGAAGGUCAUGCGUGCUCUUGGUGACUACCUAGGUGUCAAGGUGCACGCCUGUGUUGGUGGAACAUCUGUUCGUGAAGACCAGAGGAUUCUUGCCAGUGGUGUGCACGUUGUUGUUGGCACACCUGGUCGUGUGUUUGACAUGCUGCGCAGGCAGUCUCUCCGCCCAGAUCACAUCAAGAUGUUUGUACUGGAUGAAGCUGAUGAGAUGCUUUCACGUGGUUUCAAGGAUCAGAUCUAUGAUAUCUUCCAGCUUCUUCCAGGAAAGAUUCAGGUUGGGGUGUUCUCUGCUACCAUGCCUCCUGAGGCCCUUGAGAUCACCCGCAAGUUCAUGAACAAGCCUGUGAGGAUUCUUGUUAAGAGAGAUGAGCUUACCCUUGAGGGUAUCAAGCAGUUCUAUGUCAAUGUUGAGAAGGAAGAGUGGAAGCUGGAUACUCUCUGUGACCUGUACGAGACCUUGGCCAUUACCCAGAGUGUCAUCUUUGUGAACACCCGCCGCAAGGUGGACUGGCUCACUGACAAGAUGAGGGGAAGGGACCACACAGUGUCUGCCACACACGGAGACAUGGACCAGAACACUAGGGACAUCAUCAUGAGGGAGUUCAGGUCUGGGUCUUCUCGUGUGCUCAUCACCACCGACCUGCUGGCUCGUGGUAUUGAUGUCCAGCAAGUCUCCCUCGUCAUCAACUAUGACCUGCCGACUCAGCCUGAGAACUACCUCCAUCGCAUUGGUCGUAGUGGUCGGUUCGGGAGGAAGGGAGUUGCCAUCAACUUCGUCACACGCGAGGAUGAGAGGAUGCUGUUCGACAUCCAGAAGUUCUACAACGUGGUCAUUGAGGAGCUCCCUGCAAAUGUUGCUGACCUUCUCUAGAUUAUAAUCUUAGGAAUUGCAGUAAGGUGCUGGAUAAGAGUUUAUUUUUGUUUAAUAUCUCCAACUCUAAUUCUGGUAGAGUGGUAAGGUCUGGGUCUAUUUGAAUUGUGGUUAAGGACGGUCUGAGUUCUUAUUUUUCCUAUGCAAUGUUCGGAAAUUUUUGUAGUGCGUAGGCUGUGCUGUUUCCUGGGCUAGCUGGGUUAGAGUGACACUACUUGAGUAAUGAGUACUUUUACUUUUCGGUGUGAA